GCGGAAGUAAACAAGGCGAGGGUCGUACGAAAGCGUUGAGCGGUUGUAGCUAAUAAAAUAUAAAACACAGCCACAAACAAAAAAAAAUAUGUUUUCGACAGGAGGCUUUGUGCUCUUUAAACAAACUACUAAAACUUAACUAUCAAACUAAGUGGUGGCGGUCGGGUUUGGCUAAUUUGCUAACUUGACGGAAAAGUUCAGAGAUGCAGUGUGUGGUUACGGGAGGAAACGUGAAAGUGUUGGCCAAAGCCAUCCACUCUUUGUCCAGGAUCGGAGACGAGCUGUACGUGGAGCCUCAGGAAGAAGACGGGCUAGCCCUGCGGUCUGUGAACUCUUCUCGGUCGGCAUAUGCUUGUUUCCUGUUCGCGCCACUCUUCUUCAGCAGGUACUCCGUCCGCAGUGGGCUCAACUUCCGCUGCAGGUUGGCUAUAAAGAGCGUGCAGACGGUGUUCAGAUCUGUGGCAACUUUAGAGAAAACUGUGGAAAAGUGUCACAUCGAGCUGGAUGAAGCAAAGGACAGUCUGACAUUCACCCUGCACUGCAAACACGGCCUCAUGAAGACACACAACCUGUCGUACCAGGACAGUGAAAGCUUACAGGCCGUGUUCGAUAAAGACAGCUGUGCCAACGUAUUCAGAGCCCAGCCCAGGGUUCUAGUGGACACGGUCGUGCACUUCCCUUCGUCUGUAGAAGAAGUGACCGUGACGGCGAACAACGAACGGUUGUGGGUCAGGAACCACGUGGAGGAUGAAGCAGAGCGGUCAAAAGCCAUGCUAACGGAGCUGUGCCUGGCUUCAGACGAGUUCGACCAUUUUGUUGUCAAAUCGCUCAACAGCAUCACUUUUUGUUUAAAGGAACUGCGGGGUUUGUUGGUGUUUGCUGAGUCCACUGGCCUCCCUGUUUCUGUGUACUUCGACGAGCCCGGCAGCCCCGUGGUGCUCUCAGUGACGGACAGCGUCCUGGAGGGGAACUUUGUGCUGGCCACGCUGUCUGAUGAUCACAACGUCCAGAAAAACGACGGUGGAGGAGCUCGUGCAGAGCCGCCGCCUCCCGACGACUUCAUGAACGACGACAUCGACGCCUACCUCAUCGCCAUGGAUACCAGUGUUGUACCAGGUCCGUCAGCUGCAGACUCACCCGCUCCCUCGGUAGCUGCUUUCAGAGUGUCUCCAGCAGCUGAUCACAAGACGAGAAAGCACAGUGAGGAGGAGGAGGAGGAAGAAGAUCCAGACAGACCACCCAAUAAAAAGUUCCGCUCCCUCUUCUUUGGAUCGGUAAUUCCUCCGUCCUCUCAGACGAGCACGCAGCCGAUGCACACGCAGGAAGUGCUGGCCAGCGACAGCGAGGACGACGCAGAGUGACUGUGAGAGAGACGUGGACCGACCUGAGCCUGGGUGGAUGU